AUGAACUUACUUAUCGAAACAUGUUCCAGUCCUUCAGGACCUGGCGUCUUCGAGCAAGGAUACGCCAUAGAAAUCGGGUCGUUGGUUCGUGGCGGUGUUGACACGACCCGAACAGUGAUCAAUUUCGUUCCUGAUUUUUUCCUUAAACAUGACGACGGCUGUGAUGCCGCCAAAGCUGAAUGUGAGGUUCGCACGGCUAUCGUAAAGGCAUUCGACAUACGUCGCUGCGAUUGCGACGAACCUCUGUCGCCCUCCUCGACGAGGAUGCCGAGGCUGAAGCCAUGGCCAGCCUCAUUGCCUUAA